CCUACACACGGCUGUCAUUCAUGGACAGCUCCGCUCCGUGCAGCCGGUCUUAAUUUAACAUUUUAAAGCCUUUAUUUGUUUGUAAUACUCUUGUGUAGUAGACGGAUAAAGUCACCAUCAUGUGGGACCAUGAAAUCAGAGCCAUGGCGUCCACUCACGCCAUCAUCGCCGCCUCGGUGUUCAUGGCCACCGUCCUACCUGCCGUGGUCAUGCCGGGCUUCUCGGUGUACGGAGCUCACCUGCUGUGGAUUUACUCGGUGUCCGCUGCAGUGACCGCUGUCAGUGUCGCCGUCUUCUGGCUGCUCGGCAUCACACCGCCCACCAAGAAGCACACUGUGGGAUACAAGCUGUCCAAGCUGGUUCGUUCCUGUCUCUAUUUCUUCCUGUCGUGCCUGUUCUUCCACACUGUGCUGGUUCUCUACGGAGCUCCGCUGAUCGAAUUUGCCUUAGAAACUUUCUCCUUAGCUGUGCUGCUGACCUCUCUAACCACAUUGAGAUGUCUCUGUGUGCUCGGCCCCAACGUCCAGGCUUGGAUACGAGUGUUCAGUCGCCACGGAGCCAUGUCUGUGUGGGACACCUGUCUACAGAUUACAGUGGCCUGCACAUUGGUAGGAGCCUGGCUCGGAGCCUUCCCUAUACCUCUGGACUGGGACAGGCCUUGGCAGGUUUGGCCUGUUUCCUGCAGCCUGGGCGGUAUGAUUGGCUUCCUGACGGGGCUCGUUGCUGCUCCGGCGUGGAUCCACUAUCAUCGUAAACAGCUUACCUACAAGUGCAAGUGAUGGACAGAUGUAUAUAUAUAUAUGUGUGCGUUUGAAUGUGACCAAGAGGGUGUUUCUUGUAUUCCUUUGACUUUUUCACAUUAUUUAUUAGGAACAUUCGCUCCGUUCUCUGCCUGUAGGAAAGAAGAUUUUUUUAUUAAUGAAGGCUGAAUAUGUUCCUGAAGAUUUCUGACAUCAAUAAAAGGAUUACUUCUGUAACACUGUGCACUUUUUUG